CAGUCGUUGGCGGCAAUUCGUUGCGUUCGGUACCUUGCUAUUUCCAAGCGGUUGAUUGGACAAAACUAAGAGCUAUAAGAGUUCGAAGUGAUUUUUCGAAUAUUGUUGUCAGCGAUUUUAGGUGCUUCACGAUGACGCGGCCGCUGACGAUACGGAGUUGGCUGACGCUGAUGACGGCGCUCUUGGCGGUGGCCACCUGGCCGGAUCCGGGCCAGAGUCUCCCGCAAGGUGCUCCGGAAACGGUGUGCGACACCAUGCUGCCGUUUCACUCCGGCGGUAGUGUGCUGCCACAAAAUAGCGUUUCGCCCUUCAGCGUAGAGACCUCCUCCUCGACCCUUGGCCAGGGUCAAACUCUUCGCGUGGAUCUUACGGGCGUACCAGCGGGCUUGAGUUUUGGUGGCUACAUGAUCCAGGCAAGGAAUCGUAACCCACCGUAUCAGAUCGUUGGUCAAUUUGGACCUGCCCGUGAUGGCACCAUCAAACUGAUGAACUGCGAAAACUCAGUAAAUAACUCGGCUACUCAUAGCAAUGCUGGCCCCAAGCAGCAAGUUCUCCUGGAGUGGCAAUCUCCAGUGGACUUCCUCGGUCAGGUGGUCUUCAAUGCUACAAUUGCCCAGAGUUAUAAUGAAUUCUGGGUGGGAGUGCCUUCCCAGCCUGUUCAGAUAGUCCGUCGUGAUGUGUCGGCACCUACACUGCCCACUCAGAGUCCUUCUGCCGCUUCAGGAACCACCCGUGCUCCCUAUGUUCCGCCUAACUACGUGGCACCUAACAACGUGGCUGCAGUUUCUGCGGAUCCCAUAUACAAUGGCUGCGGACAGAGCAAAAACUGCUUUGGUUUCCCAGACGGUUGCGUGGCAUCCAAGACCUGCACAUCCAUCACCGUGGUUACGGUAAGGGGGGAUGUCUUCGAGUUCGAGAUUCAGUCUGGAAAAGGAACAAAUGCCGCUUACGUUGCUGUGGGUCUUUCCGAUGAUGCUAAGAUGGGUGACGACUUGACCACCGAGUGUGUACCAGAGAAUGGAAGGGUCAAUCUUUAUUCUUCCUUGACUUCAGCUUCUCCUUAUGCGGCUGUGAGAUCUAGUGUGAGUCAAAACUCAGCCCGUCUUCUGGACGCCUCCAUUGUAGAUGGUGUGAUUUACUGCCGCGUACAAAGGGAUGCAGUGACUAAUGUCCAGGGCCGCACCUUUGACCUGCGCAACGGCAAAUACCAUCUACUCGUAGCAUCCGGCAGCAGCCUUAAGGAGAACAGUGUGGGCUACCAUGACAUUGGACGCUUGCCGUCAGCACAGGCAAUCAAUUUGGCGGAGGUUCAGGAUUUGGGCGGUUCUAGCAAGCUGUUGGUGCAGCUCCACGGAGCUUUCAUGAUUGCUGCUUGGAUUGGAACCACAUCUUUGGGCAUAAUUUUCGCACGCUAUUUCAAGCAGACGUGGGUGGGCAGCCAAAGCUGCGGCAAAGAUCAAUGGUUUGCUUGGCAUCGCCUUCUCAUGGUUACCACCUGGUCGCUAACGAUUGCAGCGUACGUGCUUAUCUGGGUGGAGCUAAAGAGGGCAGUGUGGCAUGCUCACUCGAUAAUCGGUCUGAUCACGGUGAUCCUGUGCUUCAUCCAGCCCAUUGGAGCCCUUUUCCGACCAGGACCCAACGAUAAGAAGCGGCCAUACUUCAAUUGGGGGCAUUGGCUGGGCGGUAACUUGGCCCACAUCCUGGGAAUUGUCACCAUCUUCUUCUCUGUAAAACUACCAAAGGCAGAGCUGCCCGAGUGGAUGGACUGGAUCCUGGUCGGCUUCGUGGUGGUGCACGUAUUAGUCCACCUGAUAUUCUCAAUCGGCUUGUGUUUUAAUCAUUGGCAGAUUGCGGGCAUGGCUUCAGAACGUCAUCUAAGCCAGCGAGCGAACACCUUCCAAAUGGGCGAUAUGUCUCAUCAUCAGCAGCAUGCCAUGCGGAAUGGCAUGAGCAUGGAGCGGAAGAUGGAUGCUCCGUACGCGGCAAUGCGCAAGGGAUUGCUGGGAGUUUAUGGCGUUGUUCUACUUCUCUUCGUUGUGGUGCUGAUCUUGCUGGUGGUGCUGGCGCCCAUCGAACAAUUCCUGGGCAAGUCCUAGGCGCCCAAUCUGAAUGUUUCAGGACACGUCCCCCUGUCCCCCUCCCAAUACUCGUAUCAGUUUUAUGUGCUCAUUGUUUAACCCCUUCCGCCCACGGCUCUGCCCUUGUCCCCCACCAAAUCCCCCUGUUUCCCUUCCAGCGUUGUGUUGUUAAGUGUAAUUAGGCGCAUGUGUAACCUAGGGCGGAGCGUUCAGUACAUGUUAUAUAAUUUAUUAUUAAUAAAAUAAAACAAGCCAACAUAAAUGCA